AUGACCUCCCUCGCAGCCCGGGUCAAGCAGUAUGGCUUGACCCAGGUUUACUGCUCCCCCGAGAAGCCCCAGGUCGACAUCGUCUUGGUCCACGGUCUGAACGGUCAUCCGUACAAGUCCUGGGCUACCGACUCGGGCGUCUUCUGGCCAGCGGACCUGCUGCCUGAGGUGCUGGAGACCAGCCGAGUGAGGAUCCUGACGUACGGAUACAACGCAAACGUAACCGCCUUCACGGAUGGCGCCUCCAAAGAUCGCAUCUUGAACCAUGCCGAAACCCUGGCUUCGGGCCUGGCAGCUAACCGAAAUCUUCGAGCAUGUUCAGAUCGCCCCAUUAUCUUCGUCUGCCAUUCCCUCGGGGGUUUGGUCGUCAAGCGCGCGCUAAUCUAUUGCCGCAACGUGUCAAAUGAGAAGAUCGAGCACCUUCGGUCGAUCUUCGUAUCCACGUACGGUAUCCUGUUCCUGGGGACCCCUCACAACGGAUCGGACGUUGCCAAAUGGGGCCUCCUGCUGCAGAACAUUUGCAGCGCUGUCCUACCCAGGAAGUUCUUCGAUUCGUCGCCUCAUAUGGUUAAAACCCUGCGUUCGAAUAACGAGACUUUGCAAAACAUCAACAGUCUUUUCGUGGAGAUCAUGAGUCGCUUCCAUAUCUACUUCUUCCAUGAGACCCUGCCGACGGAUGUCAAGGGAACUCGGGAGGUGAUUGUAGAUGAAAGCUCAGCUGCCCCCCAGAUGGAAGGGGUGGAACGCAUGGGCAUCGAGUCGGACCAUCGACAUAUGUGUAAGUUCGAGGAUGACGGCGCCCCAGGAUACGAGGCGGUGGCAGAAGCUCUCCUGCGGUAUUCGCGUGACGCCCCUCACACGAUCAUUGAUCGAUGGUCUGAGGAGGAGGAAACUCGCCGAGUGAUGAAACGGACCAAGGUCAGGGAACUCUUCAGUCAAGAAAGGAUGGACUCGCCACCAAUGGGAGGAAGUGAACCGGAUCUUCGUGCAAUCGGUAGGACUGAUUUCCUUCCUGCGUCUUCACCUUCUGUGACUUUGCGAGAUUAUGAGAUCGAGGAGCCCUCAGAGGCAUCCUAUGCCAGUAACUCUGUUGUAUCCCACGACAAACACUUGCCUCCAGCAGAAGGCCGACAGUCUCCAGUGUCCGAGCUCGCUGGCAGUACGGAUCUGUCCUUGUCCAAGUUAAUGAAGAAGGAGCCUCUCUUCGUGGUGCCCCCGGGAUUUCAUCCAAACUCGACCUUUAUAGGAAUGCUGAAAGAGCUGGAAAUCCUCCACACGCGAUUGUUCAAGGCCAAGAAGCGAUCAAGUGGUCUGUCGUCCGUUCUGGUCUCUGGGGUGCCCGGCUCCGGAAAGACUCACAUAACACGGGAGUAUGUGUGGCGUUACCGAGAGGACUAUCCUGGCGGUAUCUUCUGGGUCGACGCCAAAUCCCUCCAGUCCAUCUAUAAAUGCUUCUGGGACAUUGCGGUGGCCGCGGCACUGACAGACAGCGAAGACUUCCCGGAAUUAGACGAUAAGAUCACUCAGAAAUACGUGGAGUUGGUUCGCACAUGGUUUCAAGGCCGUGAGGGCUGGCUGCUGAUCUUCGAUGGGCUCUCAUUUGAUCAUGAGAACGACCUCAACCACUUCAAGCAGUUCAUGCCAUUCAACAAGCAGUGUAGCAUCAUAUACACCUCAGUUGAUAGGACAUUGCGCAAGAAACAGCGACUGUUCGAGCCAUAUUGUCUGCAGAUGAACCCAUUUCAGGUUGAGGAUGCCUGUAAGCUUCUAUUCAAAGAUCUCGGGAUCAAGAGGCCGUCUCCCGAACAGGCCCGCAAAGCCAUCGAAAUCGUCAACCACUAUGAGUGUCUUCCUUUGGCGAUUCAUGCCAUUAGCCACCGCCUCAGUGCAACCUCAAAGCCCAUUGAGCGCUAUCAUCUCGAUUCCCACCUGACCGAUGAGAAGUUGGCGGAGCCGUUCCUCGGCAUCAUGCAUGACCUUUACCGCACGAAUCACUUCGAAGCUUUGAAUCUCAUCAACCUUCUGUCAUUUUUUGGCCAUCAGGUUCCUAUCGGCAUGAUCAACCUGGGAAAACAGGCCCUAGAACUCUGGCACGUUGACAUAUACGGCUCGAGUAGACCUGGGGACUCUGGGGACAUUGACACAACGCUGGGGACCCUGAUUCGUUAUGGGCUGAUAGAACGAACAUCGGACGCCUAUGCCUUGCAAGCAAAAGCCUUGUCUCCCCGUUCCGAGAAGGAUGACAUCCUCGACAUCAAGGCAGUGGCUCCAGAGUUGUCGGAAUCGCAGACGGAGAGUAGCCAGGAAGCCUUCUUUUCCAUCUACCAGAACUCCGGAUCCAUCGAUAUGCUCAAAAUCCAUAGCGUGGUCCAAGGAUUUUGUCGAGACGAGUUGAAGAUCAGGGACAAGGAGAUGAGGAAUAUGAUAAACCCAUCCGCCGAUACAGGAAGGCCGGCGGCCGGCUACUACAACUCGUGGCUGGUGGUUGCGAUCCGCGUUUUCAUCCUCUCCUAUGAGAACGCACAAAAGCGAAUGAAUCAAACUGACGAUUAUGGCCUGGCUAAGGAUUAUCGAGAAUAUGAGACCCAUGCUUCCGUGUUGGCCAACAAUUUCCCACGAAGGCUGGUGAACGAACCGGGCAUCGUGCAAGAGGCCCGACGAGAUCUCAAGCAUGUCAUGAGAAGUAUCAGCAAGGAGAUUGAACGGGUCUCUCCAAGCUCCUCGCAAGAGUCCAUUCGCAAGUAUCGCUCCGUCUUUGACCACUCCAGUAGUUCCUCUUCCUCUAUCCCCGACUCCGUAGGAGAGGGUGGACUGAGCCGCCACUUCACAUGGGAUCUGAAUGAAAUGACACCGCCGCCGGUGGAAUCGCCGAAGGAGAUGAGCCCGCCUUCCACUCACUUCAACUUGGAUCCUUUCGUCCCGCAUAUCUACCGAGAAACAAACGCGGCUAAGGACAUCGGGUAUGAAAUGGAUGCAGAAGGCACGAAGCCAAUGACUCGUGGAUCGCCGGCACUAUCGCAGUUGAGUCAUUCGACGGCAAAACCAAGAUCGGAGCAGGCAUCAAGUCCUCCGCAGCAAUUCGACGACCACGGUUGGCAUGUAGUGGAAAAGACACCCAAGCCCAAGCCAAGCAAGGGGAAAUUCCCCAAAAGACCUCGGUUCCCCCGGAAUAUCCGUGGUCCAAAGCUGGCAGCGCCCGUUCUCGAGUUGUUUUCUGUCGAAGGGAGGAGUGCAUCGACCGGCAUCGUGGAAAGAACCCGAACUAGUUCGCUGGUAUCUGCUUCCGAAUCCCUCUCCGCCGUGCAUCACGCGAGCCCUCCAUAUUCUCAGCAAGAAGUCCCAAGGCUGGUAGAUGAGCGGCCGUUGAUCAAUGACGAGAAUGCACCGACCUAUGCUACCGUGGCAGCCAUGCGUGCACAUGAGUUGAGCACCUCCGCAAAACAGCGAUCCUCUUCUAGUCCUGGCGGGAAAACUCGUCCGACGUUUCUCGGACUUCAGAGCAAAUCCUCCGAGGAUUCAUUUGCCAGCGCCAUUCAAGUUUCAGCUUUUGCCUCCGAGUUCAAAACCGACCACAUGAACCAAUCCACAUACAGUGAGCCGGAACAGGGACAUCUCACACAGCAGCUGCACGCUUUGGACUUGAACAUGGCCCAAGGGUCGCGAUACCAGGCCCGGCAUUUAUCAACAGUCAGAGCGGUUGGUCCUACCGGAGACAUGUCCGCAAGCACGCCUUCCAUUGUCACUUAUGUCCCAGCGCUGCCGUAUGAAAGUAAUAUUGAGGUUACCCACGCGCGUCGCCAGAGUGCGGUAGCAAGACCACCAUCCGCUGGCCAGCCGGCGACCAACGUGAGUCCAUUGUCCCAUCCGUCUGCGUUUAUGCCCGGUGUUUCGCCGCCACCAUCUACCAAGGUCACCGAGAUAUCUGUUGGGGGUUAUGCCUCUGAUCCAGCCCUGGAGCCAAUGACACGAGGUCCGUCUGCACAGUCGCAUCAGUCGUGGGCGACAGACCCAAUUCGCCUUCCGCGAUUCUCGCCGAUGCCUACCAAUAUCAACCAAGUUAUGCCGCAUCCGCACGCCGUUUCGGGGACCGGAAGUUGGAUUGGGGACAUGCCGUCAUAUCAGUCUCCGCCGCCACUGGCGCCCUCAUUCCAGCCGGAACCGGGCUACGCCGCACAACACCAACUGCGAGCAAUCAACCCCCUGAGUCACCCCAUGGUAGGCAUGGACCGUGGUUGGGAAUACCGGGAGCCUCAACCUCUGUUCUUUGGCACCCAUAAAGUCGGCGUUCGUGAGGCUCGUCAAAGAAUAGGAGCAUUCCCAGCCUACGGGGCCCCAGCGAUGCCAGGACACCUUGCACCGUUGAGCAUGUACCAUCCGAACUUGUCAGGACCGCUCAUUCCACAUGAGUUGCAGAUGCAGCCUCAGGAACUGCCGCCGACUGUGCGAGGACGGAGUGGCAGCUCCCCUGCCCAUCCUGCAUUCGAUCGAUUUGGUUGA